AUGAGUUACGCAAAGAAAGACGAGGAUGCCGACCAUUCCGGCUUCAAGCUGGAUCGGACUUCUGUAUUUCAAGAUGGUAUUCGGCCUCUCCUCAAGAUUGGUCGGUCGCACCUCUCAACUAACCGUUCCUCAGCUCGAUUGUUCAACUCGUCUCCCAUAUCUCCUCGAAAAUGUCGGACGCUACUUACGAAGAUUGCCGUGCUCCUCUUCACUGGGGAAAAGUUUCCUACCAACGAAGCCACAACUCUGUUCUUUGGCAUUUCCAAGUUGUUCCAGAACAAGGAUCCUUCCCUGCGUCAGAUGGUGUAUUUGAUCCUCAAAGAACUAGCCCACACGGCCGAAGAUGUCAUAAUGUCCACAAGUAUAAUCAUGAAGGAUAUGACUGUCGGGAGUGAGAUUGUGUACAAGGCCAAUUCCAUUCGGGCUUUGUGCAGGAUCAUCGACGCGACGACUGUUCAAGGAAUCGAGCGACUGAUCAAAACCGCCAUAGUCGACAAAUCCCCUGCAGUGUCGUCAGCGGCACUUGUUUCUUCAUAUCAUCUGCUUCCCAUCGCCAGAGAUGUCGUCAGGAGGUGGCAGAGUGAGACUCAAGAGGCGGCAUCUUCGUCCAAGUCUGGUGGUGGAUUCCUCAGCUUUUCCGCAAGCUCUCAGCACUCCCUGGCGGCUGCAAACACGAACUACAUGAACCAGUACCAUGCAAUUGGCCUCCUCUAUCAGAUGCGAUCGCACGACCGAAUGGCGUUGGUCAAGAUGGUUCAACAAUAUGGUGCUGCCGGGGCUGUGAAGAGCCCCGCAGGCGUCAUGAUGUUGGUUCGACUCGCUGCGAGGCUUGCCGAGGAAGACCCCAGUCUCAGAAAACCCAUGAUGCAAAUGCUGGAUACUUGGCUUCGGCAUAAGAGUGAGAUGGUCAAUUUCGAAGCCGCCAAAGCCAUUUGCAAUAUGCCAGACGUGACUGAUGCCGAGGUGGCACAAGCGGUCCACGUUCUUCAGUCAUUUUUGACGUCCCCACGAGCGGUGACCAAGUUUGCUGCCAUACGCAUUCUUCAUUCCUUUGCUUCCUUCAAGCCACAAGCUGUCCAUUCGGCCAAUCCAGAUAUCGAGGCCCUGAUCUCGAAUAGUAACCGUUCCAUCGCCACCUUCGCCAUCACCACUCUUCUCAAAACCGGUAAUGAGGCCAGCGUCGACCGCCUCAUGAAGCAAAUAUCUGGUUUCAUGACCGAAAUUACCGAUGAAUUCAAGAUCACCAUCGUCGAGGCCAUUCGGACUUUGUGUAUGAAGUUUCCGAGCAAACAGGCCGGCAUGCUGACGUUCUUGAGUGGUAUUCUUCGCGACGAAGGUGGUUACGAGUUCAAACGUGCGGUGGUGGAGAGCAUGUUUGACCUCAUCAAAUUUGUGCCAGGUAGUAAAGAAGAGACUCUUUCUCAUUUGUGCGAAUUCAUUGAGGAUUGUGAAUUCACCAAAUUGGCCGUGCGUAUCUUGCAUCUGAUUGGAGUGGAAGGACCAAAGACGCCACAACCUACGAAAUACAUCCGCUACAUCUACAACCGAGUCGUGUUGGAAAAUGCCCUGGUCCGAGCAGCAGCUGUGACGGCGCUAGCCAAGUUUGGCGUGGGGCAGAAAGACCCCGAGGUCAAGAAGAGCGUACAAGUUCUGUUGACCAGAUGCUUGGACGACGCUGACGACGAGGUCCGGGAUAGAGCUGCUUUGAAUUUGCGGUUGAUGCAAGAGGAAGAUGACCUCGCUGAACGAUUCAUUAAAAACGAUUCGACGUUUUCUUUGUCGACAUUUGAGCACAAGCUUGUCAUGUACGUCACGGCCGAUGACAAAUCGGUUUUCAGCAAGGCGUUCGACAUCAAUUCCAUCCCGGUGGUGUCGCAAGAGCAGGCUCUGGCUGAAGAACGAACGAAGAAGCUCACCACGGCAACCCCCACACUCAAGGCUCCUAGUACAGGACCAGCGAAACCCAAGGCGAAUGGGCUUGCAGAAAGACCUUCAGCGGCAGUAGCUGCCCAGAGGUACACACAAAUCUUCUCCAGAAUACCAGAGCUCGCUGCUUAUGGGCCGGUACUCAAGUCCAGCAGCCCUGUCGAGCUCACGGAAAGCGAGACCGAAUAUGUCGUUUCUGCCACUAAGCACAUAUUCAAAGAACAUGUCGUGGUUCGGUACGACAUCAAGAAUACAUUAGAUCAAACUGUUCUGGAAAAUGUGACUGUUCUGACCACCCCAUCCGAAGACGAGGAACCAACACUAGAGGAAGAAUUCAUCAUUCCCGCCACAGCACUGAAGACAGACGAGCCCGGCGUGGUGUACGUGGCCUUCAAGAAAUUGGCAGGAGAACAAUCUUUCCCGACCACCACAUUUUCCAACGUCCUCAAAUUCACCAGCAAGGAAAUUGACCCGACAACGGGGGAGGCCGAAGAAGGGGGCUAUGAGGAUGAAUAUGAGGUCGAGAACCUCGACCUGACAGGUGCAGACUUCGUCUCUCCCGCAUUCGCUGGAAGUUUUGAUCACAUCUGGGAAGGAACGGGAGCCAAUGGCGAGGAAGCAAGCGAGACAUUACAAUUGGCUACCAUCAAGACCUUAUCAGAUGCAAUGGAGCAACUUGCCCAAACCCUCUCCUUGCAGCCUUUGGAAGGCACGGACGUGGUCAUCUCCAAUACGACACAUACCUUGAAAUUAUAUGGCAAGUCGGUCACGGGCGGCCGCGUUGCGGCGUUGGUGAAGAUGGCCUUCUCUGCCAAAUCGGGCGUCACGGUCAAGGUCUCGGUACGGACGGAUGAGAGAGGGUUAGCUGGAGCUAUAAUCUCAGUAUUGUCGUAG